UGAUUCUAGAGAGAGACAUGUUUAUGCUAAUGGUGGUGAGGAAAGGUUAGCAUCAAAGAAAAAGGAUCAUAAAAUAACCAAUAUAACAUUACUCAAGAGCAAUACACUCUAUUUUGAUUUGAUUCAGUUCAGUUAGAUAUUUUAACGGAACCGCACAUGCAUGUGAAAUCUGGAGUUGAUGAUCGAAGCGAAAUUAUUGGGUGAAUUUUCUUUGCGCUGAUGAGACAAAUAAGCAACGAAGCUGAUUCUAUUUGAAAGUUGAAUUGAUGAGUUUUGAGAUUUGAGAGAGAUGGAGGCAUUGCCACGUUGAGGCCCAAGCCACCACCAGCACAUUCUUAUUAUUACGUGCUUCUUGAUAAAUUAAUAAUUAAUAAUAUAAUAAUAUAAAAAAUGAACCUCACACGCUUUAGACACACACCACAUCACUCUCUCAAGUUCCUCCCUUUUUACAUUUCCAGAAAAUUCGCCAUGGAUGCUGGUAAAGAGAACCUUUACAAAGAAACAUUUGAUUCCGCUGCCAAACAAUCUCUUGCCCAAACCCUAAUUCCUCAUAUUCUCCGUUUAUAUGGAUCCACUGCCACUGCUCGUGAUUUUGAAAUCUAUGCUCCGGAUGCUUCCUUUGAGGAUCCUCUUAUGCGUGCACAUGGGGUGAAGCAGAUCAAAUCCGCAUUCUAUUCUCUACCCAAGGUAUUUAGUGAGUCAAACAUUGUGGAAUACAGUGUCAAAGAAAAUAUGGUUUCACCAGGAAAAGGAGAGAUAUUGAUUGACAAUAAGCAACACUACAAAUUUUGGGGGAAGGAUAUAGAUAUGGUAUCGCUAAUCAAGUUGUCUGUUGAUGAGGGCAAGGUUGUUCGCCAUGAGGACUGGUGGGACAAGAAACCGAUUUCAAAUCGAGAAACGGUAAAGCUUCCGUUGCUUGGCCGAGUUGCAGAAAUGACUCGCAGGGGAUCAAUGCUGGCAACUCAUGUGUUGAUGAGGUUCGGGAAAGACCCAAACGUGUGAGUAUCUGUAGUUCAUCGCAAUUUUCUUAAGCUUUAGUAUACGCGGGUCUGUACAUAAGACUUAAUACUUGGCGUUGCUGGCAAUGGCAAUGUCAUGUGUUAUUGUGUUUAUUCACACUUGUAGCUUUGGUGAAUACUGAACUUUCCUGAGGAACUUAAUUUGUGGAACAUCGUGUUCUGAAUCUCAGAUAAGUAUCAGUGUAGUUAUCUCCUAUUUGUAUUUAUAAUUCAAACCAUAUUAAUACUAUAGUCUCUGUA